UUAAACGCAAAACAAACUCGUACUAAGGAAUCUGAUAGUACAAGGAGCAAUGACGUAAAUACAUAGGUACUGAAGUGGAGUGUCACGCAUGCGCAUAUUGGGGUUUGAUUUGAGAUUUUUAAACAUUUUUAAAAGCUGUCUUGUUGAAAAGUCAUUGUCCUCAAUCCGGAGUCUAUAGGCUAAGACGUCGAUGCUGGAAAUAACGAUACUUUUAGAAAAUAGGGUUAAUUAUAAAACUAAUCCUAUUUGUAGAUUGUUAUCUACUAAUUUACUAAACAUUUUAUUUUUCAAAUCAUGUUUCAAAGUACUUCCGGUUAUAUUCCGGUUAAAUUCUGGCAACCCUUUAAAAUAAACGUCACUUUCAAUUCUGUCAGACCAUGCACUGUGGUUAAAUUUUGUUAAAUUGUAGACAAAAAAAAAUCGUAUUUAUUGCACUGAUUUUUGUUUUUAUCUGAUGAUUUUUUUUUUACCUAGAUGCAUGGAUGGAGGCAGCUAGUUUCCGGGUAACUUGUGAGAUUACUGCUAACAGUAAUCUUAGUGAGCCCCAGCGGUGCAUUUUUUAUGUGGUUUUUCGGUAGGUUAAACCUAUUCCCUGAUUUGUUGUAUUAGUUUAAUCAAAAAUCAAGUUAGUGUUUUGAGUUAUUUUUUAUUGUUAAUUUUAUUAUUUUAUUCACCACCAGAAUUAUUUAGGUAAUUAGAUAGGUUUUGUUGAUUAAAUGUAACAUACCCACCUACAUUAUACCUACAAACAAGAAAAAUAAGUGUAAUAUUGGGUACUUACAAUACCUGCCUACUCUUCCCUUUUUUGUUUUUGAAUUGUACCAAAUGGCACCAAUGUGCAAUGUGCGUCCUUCCUUUUCCGGUGGGUGUCGCUGUCGCUCACCAGGUAUCGCUAGUAGUUCGGUCGAUCGAUAAAAUAAGAAAUCAAAAUAAUGCGAUGGGCGAUCGCGAUGGCGUACGUAAUACCAAACUCUGUUUCCAUAAGUGUACCAACUGUGCAGGCGAUGGUCACCGGCAUAACUACGAAGUAAGAAUAUUCACUGACCAUUAAAGUAAAAUGAUAAAGUACCUAACUAGUUUGGUAUAUUUCUUUACAUACAAAAUUAAACCGAGUGUUACAAUACUAUGAACAAGUUAAAAGUAUAGAUCGCCUAUUCGUCAUACCUGUACAGCGUCGAGUGAAUUCCAGCUGUCUACUCCAAAACAGUAAAAAUGGCCGAGAUGAACUGGAAACCUGAUGAGCCUGGUCCUUCAAGACCUGUGUGGAGACCAGCUAGAGCACUAGCAGCAGCACCAGUCGGGGCGCCUGAGGGAGCACUUGCUGCGGCAUCUGAAGAAGCAUUCAUUGAAGCGUGGUUUGAAUACCUUCCCCCUGAAAUGGUGGAACAAAUUCUAAGACACCUCCCACCAAAAUAUCUUGUUCGUUCUCGAUUAGUAUGUUCUAGAUGGAGGUACAUAAUUAAUCAUAUUAUGAAAAACCAGAUGUAUUGGUCAAAACAUUGCAAGACCGAGUUCAAGAACCUAUAUGAGACUGCUCGAGAGAAAUCAUACCCCGUUAUUGGGUGGCGUGAUCUUUAUCGCUCAUUAAGUUCGUGGAAAUUACUCAGGAAUGCUACUGAAACUAUCACCGAAUUUUUACACUCAACAUGCAGACCUGAAGAUUUGCGCUAUUUUAAACUAUUGUCUCAUGGCAUUUUAGCAGUGCAUAGAAUUGGCUCAAUAGUUUUCUAUGACAUAAAUACCUUAACAGAAUCCACUACAAGAAGUAGCAUUGUUGGUAGAUUUCAGAGGUACUCUGAAAACGAAGAUUUUAUAAUAACACUUGGACUAGAAAUGCAGUUGCAUAUCACUAAAAAAGAUCCUGAAAAUCAACAGCCAAUCCCACGUUCCUACGAAAACGUGAAACUGUUUAUCUUGACAAAGACUACUCUUUAUUUCGUUAAUUUUCUAAAUGAUAUAUUCUGUUGUCAUCUAGAUUCUGAAAACAUUGUUGCCAAUAAUGUGACACAUAUGGGGGAAGAAAUAAUGAACAUCAGUUUUUGUGAUGGCACUCUUAACAUCCUCACUCAUCACCGCAGAAUAUAUUCAUUAAUAAAUGGGCGAAUUGUAUUGAAAGUAAUUCUUUACAGAAAUAGUAAUAUGUUACACGAUUUGAAUCGAUUUAAUUUCCUUAAAUAUAUGGAUUGGCAGAUUUUCUUUCAGUGGAUAUUAGGCAUGCAAAUCAUUUUUCCAAAUGCACCACUAAGGGAUAUAGUUAUUAUGAAGUCCUAUGGAAGAGCAUACUUUGUGGGCUUUUAUGAUGGAGUCCUUAACAUCUACUUUUCAACUCGGAACCUAAAUGAGUUUAACAUAUUUAAACGUCGACCAGUAAAACAAUACAACUUUGGCGAAUAUAGUGGCGAUCCUCCAGAAACAGUCAACAAAAUCCUGAAUGUAGACGUUGUAGAGAAGCCAUUUGGCCACUUAGUUUUUGUGGCAUUGCCCAAAAACAUGGUAUGCAUUAAACUGUCCCAUAAUUUUGAGACUGAAUUGUCACGAGUAGUUGUUGACAAUGACUGAUAAAGAGUUAAUGACUAAUGAGUAAUACAAGUAACAUAGUAUGAAAUGAAAUAGCUAAAUUAAUUUGGAAAGUAAGAUUUCGGAUUUAUUUUUUACAAGAAGUCAACAACAACAAGUACAUCACAGACUUUUAAAUGUAAAGCUUUAUUUUUUAUUUCAUUUACUAAUUGAGUAAUAGAUAUAGUACUUAUGUUUCUAAUUAUAUUAAUUAUUGAAAUCCUUUAUAUUUCAUCUAUAUUUACCAAAGAUUAUUUAUUUAAAUCAUUAUUAUAUUUAAGUACCUAUGUAGGUACAGAAGCUAAAUGAAUAAACAAAAUAGCAAAAUAUACACAAAUUGUAAAAAAACAGCAUAAAUCUUUUAUGGAAAUUUAGAGUACUUAUAUACAGUCAAAUAAUUUGAUGCUCUGGUUAAGUUUUUCAUUGAGUUAAACGUGAAGAUGGAUAGUUUACUGUGAGUGUAUGGUUUUAUUGUUAUAAAUGUUUAUUUUUAUUGUUUAUUAUAUAGAUUAUACACAUAGUUGGUAGGAUGCUAAUGUCUAACAACAGGCCUAUCAGUAUUAUUUUAUAUUUCAUAUUAUACCCACCCAUUGUUACUGUAGUAGUACCUAUCUUAACGAAUUAAAUUAUCUACCUAUCUUUAACUAUCUUAUAAGUUAAAAAAUGUCUGUGAUUUUGUGUAAGAAAAAUAUCAAAGGCUUAUCCAUAAUAAAAUUAGGUAAUUCUAGUCACUAAGCAAUUAUUUGGAUUAUGUUCUAGUUUCCAGUACACUCAAUGUUUACUUUGUUAGUUGCAAUUGCAAUGUUAAUACCUGCUGAAUCAAUUGAAAGUAUAUAUGGCAAGAAAGUGACAAAUGGCCAUGGCCAACUCAACAAUAUCGUUAUAAUAGUAUAUAUUUUAAUGAUUAAAUUAUCAAUGUGUAGUUGAUGUAUUUCUGUGUAAAUUAAAUACUUAUUAAUGUACUCAUCUGAUAAAUCAAAUUCAUGUUUUACUAGUACAUAGAUUAAUUAUUACAUACAUAGCAUUUAUGCUUCAGACAUUUUCCCAUUUUACCUAACGCUGGGUAAUAAUGUAGUUGAUAGUUAACUAUUGUUAAAAUUAUAUGUCUGCUAUUUAAUAUUAUACAUGUAGUUGAUAGUUAACGUCUAUUAAAUUAUAUGUCUGCUAUUUAAUAUUAUAUAUGAUUGUUUUUCAAGUUAGUAAUUUUCAUGUACUUAAAAUUGUACAUCAUAGAUACUGCAAAACGGUGAGAAUAGGGAAUGAGAGGUGAAUAGAUAGUAUGAUGAAUUUCCCAAUGCAAUUGGCACCUCUCUCUUGUCCCUGUUUACCAUUUCAUACCUAUUCACCCCGUUUUACUAGGUAAAUGUAUUUUAUCAAAAGACUUACCACCUAAUUGGCGCAGGUAUCCAUAUCUAUAUAUAUAAUAAAUAUUAAUGAAAAAUGGGUGUUACACUUAUAAAGUGGUAUACAAUAUUCUAUGCCUACUAUUUUGAGGCAUUAAGUGUUAAAUGUUUUAAUGUAUAUGUAAUUUGCCCCCUCAAUGACUAAGGGCAUUUGCAAACGUUAGUUAAUUAAGAUUUUAUUGAUCUCGAUGUUAGACAAUGGAAAUUAGAGACUUAAAUGUACCUAAGUAUAAAUUAGUAUGUAAGUUCAAAUUAUACAUUAUAUUAGACUAUAAUUGCAUCAAUAUAUAAAUGUGCAAAUAUGUAUGUGGUCCUUGUGAAACAAUUGAAAUUAUCCGGGUAAAAUACCUAUUUUAAUUAAUUGAAUUAUGUGUCUGUAUUAUAAGUUUUUAUAUGUAUAUUUUUUUUAUGAUAAUCUGUAAUCAAAUCUUAUCCGAUCCAGCUAUCGUUAUGGCUGAGAAGCUUACACUUGUAAAUUUUAUUAUGCAUGCAACAUUAUGUAACAUGGUGCUUAAAGGUGGCCAUACGGACUUCGCAUUGAAACGACGUAACCCCAUCGAAUUUAGGCAUGUUCAAAUUGUCUUGACGAGUAAUUUGUCUUGCAAUGGCAUGGUAACCAGGGUCUGAUGAUGAGAGCUGGAAGGUGGCCUUAGGAAUUUUGUAACGAAAAGACGAAAUCUCAUUGAGUUUAGGUUCCUUGGUCUUAACGAAAACUAGGUAUUGUAGAUGGUUAAGGUCUGGUUUGGUGAUGGAUGUGUGGUCGCCAAGAACUCUGUAAUAAAACUGCGCAAUCCUGUCGAGUUUCGUCUCAUUUCAUCUUGGCGAGGACUAUGAGGGUACUAAAGACGGUGGAAUGAAAGAUGACCGAUAGGAACUAUGUAACUGCGACACAACCCCAUCAAGUAUGGGCUCGUUUUAUUCGCGAACUGAAAUGAAAUGAACCCGAAUUCGCGCAAUGACAAGGUAUUUUAUUUUAUCGUUAUUUUAUGGUUAUUGCCAUUAUUCAAUUUUAAAUAAUUGUUUGCUUGUGUAAAGUUAGCGUUAGAAUAAGAAAAAUAAAUUGUGUUGAUAGUACCUAUCUAUUAACUAUAAGUGAAGUGACAAAUAAUUAUGUACUUAAUGAAAUAAUUUUUCCUAUCACGGUUUUAUAGAUUUUUAUCAGUUUUGUUUUUAUAUUUUAUUAACAAUAAGAGCCAGUUUUACAUUGGCGGCUGGUUAAAAAUCUCAGUUAGUUUAUAGUACCUAUUGUUAAAGCUCAAAAAGUUAAUUGACAUGUUAGACAUGAACAAAGUUACCCAACACUGGUGUAUUAUAGAGUUUUAUGCCAUUCUAUUACUAUUUACUUACUACAGAAUUCAUUGUACGCUUAGACCUAGAUGUUAUCAUGUAUUAAAAUUAAAGAUUAAAUGUAAUACUCGUAA